CUGCCUGCGAGAUAGGCUGCGAGGUUACUGCUGCAUCUGCCUGUGCACACAGACGCUCUCUGUGCAGCUCGGAGCGCACGAAUUACCAUUCCGGACACAGCGGCGCUGGUCAAGACAUGGAGCCGGGUCGGUGGCAGACAGCGGUCCGGGGGCAAAGCGGGGAGUUUACCGCCUACAACGACAGUCAAUCUGGAUUAACUCGCACUGACUGAGCCCUGCGUUGCGGAUUGAGAAAAAAAAAAAAAAAGACAGUGAAAGCGAGACGAACAUCUGGUCGGAUUCAGCGCAACACCAGCUCCGUGUAUUAAAGGCGUUUUCUCCUCCUCUGGAUGCGCAAUAGAGGCGAUCCCGCACCAGGAAAAAAAGAGCCACACUGGGACCCCUCACGCACCCCUUGCGCCCCCCCCCCCCCUUUUUUUUUUAUUUACUCAUCCUAAAAAUGAAGACAUCUUAUUAAUGGUGUGAGAGGAUCGCUGGGAGGAGGAAUUGAUGGAUUUCUUGAAGGGCAUCGCUCCUUGUACAGGCCGUCAAAUAUUAUAGGAGCCAAGACGCAUCUUUUGGGAUAGCUACCUGAAAUAUCUCCAAAGGCGCAGUCGGUCCCAUUUUAGCCCUCAGUAUGUCUACUGAGCUCCUGGGAGGAAAUCACAUCCCGGCCAGCCUCCUUUGACUGGGUUCUAUGUUUCAUUUGAAAGGUCUGGUAACCUAAAUUCAAGUCAAAUGGAGUCAUUCCUGGUGUUCCUGAUAGUGCUUGGUGUGGCGGUGAAGGCGCACAAAGUUCAGAUCUGCCCUAAGCGCUGCGUCUGCCAGAUGCUGAAUCCUAACCUGGCGACUUUGUGCGACAAGAAGGGGCUGCUGUUUGUGCCUCCUAACAUCGACAGGCACACGGUGGAGAUGCGGCUCGGCGAUAACUUUGUAACCAACAUAAAACGCAAAGACUUUGCCAACAUGACCAAGCUGGUGGACCUGACCCUCUCUCGUAACACCAUUGGGUCCAUUGCACCGUAUGCCUUCAGAGAUCUGGAGAACCUCCGAGCCCUUCACUUGGACAGCAACCGGCUAACCCGCAUCACCAAUGACACCUUCAGCGGCAUGUCUAAACUCCACCACCUCAUUCUCAACAACAACCAGCUCACGCACAUCCACAUUGGGGCCUUCAAUGACCUAACUGCCCUGGAAGAGCUGGACUUAUCCUACAACAACUUGGAAAGUGCCCCCUGGAUAGCCAUUCAGAGAAUGUCCAACCUCCAUACGCUUAACUUAGACCACAACAUGCUCAGCUUGAUUCCAGAGGGCACCUUCUCUGGACUGCAGAAGCUUAAAAGGCUGGAUGUAACCUCCAACAAGCUUCAGAAGCUCCCACCUGACCCCGUUUUCCAAAGAGCAGGUGUCUUGGCAACCUCCGGGAUAAUGGGCCCCUCUUCGUUCGCGCUGAGCUUCGGUGGCAACCCGCUGAGGUGUAACUGCGAGCUGCUUUGGCUUCGAAGGCUGCAGAGGGAGGAUGAUCUGGAGACCUGUGCUUCCCCACAGCACCUGGCUGGGCGGUAUUUCUGGACUGUGUCAGAGGAAGAGUUCCUGUGUGAGCCGCCUCUUAUCACCAGACACUCGCAGGAGCUGCGAGCUUUAGAAGGUCAGAGUGUGACUCUUCGCUGCAAAGCCCGGGGUGACCCCGACCCAAUCAUCCACUGGAUCGCCCCCGACGGACGCCUGAUGUCCAACUCCUCCAGAGCCACGGUCCACACAGACGGGACGUUGGAGAUCCUCAUCAGUACCGUCAAAGACUCAGGUUCCUUCACCUGUGUUGCGUCCAACCCGGCCGGGGAGGCCCAGCAGACGGUGGAUCUGCUCAUGACUAAACUCCCCCACAUUACCAACGACACCAUCGCCGAGCAGGAGCCGGACCCCGGAUCUUCAGAUAUCGCCACUGUGACCAAGACGGGGGCCGAGGCGGGAGGGGUGCCGAUGGGGAAUGCAAAGACAAGUCAGGAGAAGAAGGUUGUAAUCGCAGAGGCCACCUCUACCUCGGCCCUGGUCAAGUUCAACUUUCACAGGAGCAUUCCUGGAAUCCGCAUGUUUCAGAUCCAGUAUAAUGGCACCUAUGAUGACUCGCUGGUAUACAGAAUGAUCCCCCCAACCACUAAGAACAUCCUGGUGAACAACCUGGCGGCAGGCACGCAGUACGAUCUGUGCGUUUUGGCCAUCUACGACGACCAGGUCACCUCGCUGACCGCCACCAGGGUGAUAGGCUGUGUCCACUUCACCACCGAGCAGCAGUACCUCAGGUGCCACUUCAUGCAGUCCCAGUUCCUUGGCGGGACCAUCGUGGUCAUCAUUGGAGGGAUUAUCGUGGCGUCUGUGCUCGCUUUCAUCAUCUUCCUCAUUGUGCGUUACCGAGUGUGUAACCAAGGUGAAGCAGACAAGGCACUGGAGAUGGGGGAUAUCCGUUCGCUGAGCAGCGAUGGACAGCUACAGGGCUGUGGGAUCCCUAAGUCCCUCUCCAAACAGGUUCUGCGUCCAGAGAAGAAUGACAAGGAAUGCCUCAGAGUUGCCCUCCCACCUCCAGAGCCAACCAAGCAAAGACCUCCUGUUUCUCUACCAACCACCAAACCUUCGGUUCCCGACUGCACGGUGUCGUCGUCUGCAGGCAGCCAUAGCUGGCACCCGGCCUCCCCAGGAGCGCCGAGGCCAAAGCGCUCUGGAGCUCCACAGAAACCCCCAGAGGCCCGGCGAGCUGAAGCCCAGACAGAGGUCGAGCUCAACAACAUGAACCGCAAUAACUCCUCAGAGGUCAAAAUGGCCAAUACCAUCGCUCUCCCAGGGCCUGGCCAACCCCAGAAAUGGACUGCUGCUCCAAGAGGCCCCCGACCCCACCACGCUUCCCGGCAUUACAUGACUGUGCCUGCAGGAGGUGUGAGAGUGAACCGCAGGCACUCCCUUAAUGCAGACUCGUACAGAGAGCGCUGCUACGUGGCCUAUCCCAAAGUUGGGGCCAGCCUGCGCUCCAAGCGCAGCCUGUCGAUGAGCGGAGAGCUUCCGCAGCUCGAGAGCACAACAAACAUCCAUCGAGCCAGGGACAAACUAUCCAGGUCUGAGUGGCUGCUGGAGAGCACUUUAUGAUUUCAACUUUACAACCUGAGUGUUCUGUUUUUCCCAGACUAGAUUGGAUGUCCGCCGUGGAAGAGAGUGCAAACUUUCUGCCUUGUUUGAGCUCCUCACCGAGGGACCUGUGGAAAGCAGGCACACAGGAUCAGGGGUCAAUGGUUCAUUUGUUUUCUACCUUAUAACCUAUCAGAGUCUUCUUUAUAUCAACUUCAAUGAAAGGCACAACAAUGUAUAAACGACGUCAUGUACAAAAAUGUUUAGUUGUGUGAGAUACCAUAUAUCUCAGUGCAACCAUAAGUGUUCAUGUGGUUUUGAAUGCGGUAAUCUGAACAUACUGUAUAAUAAGAGCAUCAUACAGGGGAUCGGGUCAUUAUACUGCCUGAGCUGACAGAAUAUCUGAAGACUUUGAACAUUCAGGCGUCUUGUCUUUAACUCCACCUACAGAUG